AUGACAAUAAUUAUUCACUACUUAAAGAUAUGGUGGCAUUACCUGCUUCAUAGUCAGUUCACCAUAUUCAUUGACAAUGUGACAAAUACUUAUUUUUCAUCAUAA